GCGGGCGCGGGGAGAGGCGCUGUGUUUGAACCGUAGGAGCGGGAAGGUUGGAGGGGGCGGGGUGUCCCCCCCUUAAUCCGCUCCCCGCCGGUUGCCAUGGAUACGUGGCGGCACCGGCGACCGGGUUUCAAAUUACUGAAAUGAACCAUAUAAUGAAAGCAAAUGGCUCAAAGUGAUCAAGCGUCUAAAGAACUGUGUCUAAUUGACAGGGCUAUCACCAGCUUGUUGGCUGUACCCUUAAGCCCGAAGAUUCGAUCAUUGAAUUUUCACUGCAAUGAGGUCACAAGAAUUCAGGGCCUUGGACAGUUAUGGCAGUUGCAACAUCUUGAUCUCUCCUCCAAUAAGAUUACUCGGAUUGAAGGAUUAGAGAACCUUGUAGCUUUGCGUACCCUAAAUCUCUCCUGUAACUUUAUAACAAAAGUAGAAGGACUUAAUGGACUUAUCAAUUUAACUCGAUUGAAUUUAUCAUAUAAUCGCAUUACAGACUUAAGUGGCUUCUUACAACUUCAUGGUAUUGGUCAUAAGUUGAGUGUCCUAGAUCUUCAUAGUAAUUGCAUCAGCAACUUCAAACAUUUGCUGCAAUGUAUGGUGGGCCUAUGCUUCUUAACAGAUUUGACUCUAGAGAAAGAUGGAAGGGACAAUCCAGUAUGUCAAACAACAGGUUACAGGGAAAUAAUACUUCAAUCAGUAAAUCAGCUCACUGUAUUAGAUGGAAUAAAUCAGUCUGGUGAAUCUCUCCGUGGAAGUGAAGGAGCUCCCUUGGAUAUCCCUGGUUUAGAAGACUUUAUAGAGUAUCUGGUAUUGUCAGACUCAAGUGUGAAUAUUGAAAAGGGGCUGGGGCUCCCUGUGAUCACUCCACGAAUUGAUGAGGUGCUUGCGCAUUAUCGGCACCGCAUUGCAGCACCCGAUCCUGAGAGACAAGCAUCUGCCACGGAAGGUAGUUCUUCACCAGAAACGGGCCGAAGAAUGACCCGCAACACUGCUGAAAUAUUCAAUGAAAUGAGGAUAAAGAACUUGGAGAAACAGAUUUCUCAGUUGCUGACUCAGGCUCCAGCAACUUCAAUUACAGUAAAAGCAAAGCGAGAUAUUGAUCAUACGUCUGAGAGUGAAGGUGAGAGCUGUAAAGAAAAUCGCAAGAAGGGCGCUAGACGAACAAAGAUUCCAAGCUAUCGACAAAUGACUGAAACCUCCAAACAACGAUGCACCAGGCAGAUGAAAAACAAAAAAUCUGAGAGGGCCGAUCAGCUUUGCAUGCGAAAAUUUAAAUCCUCUGUCAAGCAAACCAGAAAUGAAGAAUUCUCCAGCAAUUCACCUGUAGAUUCAGGUGAACUUCAAAUAAUAGGGAGCAUACCCAGAAAUUCUUCAGUGCAAAAAGUUAAAGAUAAAUUACAAGACAAUAAGGAAACUAAUAUAACUGAGGAAUCCACAUACAGGGUACUUAUUCAAGAGUUGGACCAAGAGCGUGAGACAAGAUGGAAGGCAGAGCAAACUGUGACACAAUUGAUGGACCAAGUUAAAAAUUUACAAAGUCAAGCUAAUGAGAAAAAGGAUUUUCACAACAUGGCCAUGCAUACUUCAGACAGGCUAAAAGAGUUGCUUGUGAAAGAGAAAGAAGGCAAAAGCCAAUUACGAGCUUAUGCUGCAGAGUUAAAAAAGAAAGUAGGGACUCUUACAGAGGAGCUAAGUAAAAUGAGGUGUAUUGAGGAAAAUAAACAUAAAGCCCUGAAAUCUCUUGAAGAAACACUUUUGAAGACAGAGACACAAAGACUGCAACAACAGACUAUGGAGAUGAAACGAAUUCAAGAAACAGAGUUAAAAACUUCAGCUGCUCAAAGAGAAGUUGAGUUACUACAGGUCUCGCUCGAUCAGCAAAAAGAAAAAGUACAGCAACUGCAGGAGCUUCUUGCUUGCAGAGAGAAAGAACACAGAAAAGAAGUAGAAUCCAGAGUAACGUUAAAUGGACCAGAAUUUCAAAAUGCUGUGUCUCGAGAAGUAGCAAAACUAGAAGAAAAACAUGCUCAACAAUUGAAAGGUUAUCAAGAAAAAAUUGACCUUUCUAAUCAACAGUACGUUACUUUGGAGGAUGAAUUUCGAAUGGCUCUUACCAUUGAAGCAAAUCGUUUUACAGAGGUAAAGAGUGGCUUUGAUCACGUGACUGCAGAACUAACAAACAAUAAAGGGGUGCUUGCUCAAGCACAGCAGAAGGAAAAACAAUUGGGAUCAUUGGUUCAGGAACUCACCAACAUGGUGAAAGAACAGAAAGUUAAGAUAGCAGAGUUGGCAAAAUCCAAACAGGAAACCAUUUUAGAACUAAAGAGUCGGUUCCGAGCGUUUGAACAUACAGCUGAAGAAGAUAACAGAAAAACUGUUCAGAUUGAACUACUUAAGCAAGAAAAAUCUAGACUGAUUACACAGCUAACUGCACAGGACUCUGUGAUUGAUGGCCUUCGAGCUGAAAGGAGGAUCUGGGGACACGAGUUAGCUCAACAAGGCUCUUCUUUGGCACAAGACAGAGGAAGGCUUGAAGCAAGGAUUGAAAUGUUGACUUCUGAGAUGGAAUCCUUAAAAAGCCAGAAUGAGCAAGACAUGAAUGCUUUGAAGAUCAAAAACAAGAUUGUGGAUGAUCAAACAGAUACUAUUAGAAAACUUAAAGAAGGUUUGCAAGAAAGAGAUGAACAGAUUAGGAAAAUUCGGGACCAAAACCUACAAGAUCAAAGGAGCUUCCACGAACAAUUAGAGAAUGAAGCUGCCAUAUCGCAAGAUCUGAAAGAUAAAGUUGAGAGGCUGUCAGGGCGAAAAAAGGAUCUAAAGCAACAGCUUGAAGAAAAAGAAGCUGAGCUAGAGGAAACAAAAAAAGCUUUCGGUGCUGUAAAUAAGAAGUGGCAAGAUAAAGCAGAGAUACUGACACGGUUGGAAACACAGGUCAAACAUAUGAAAGAAUCCUUUGAUGCUAAAGAAAGGAAACUUGUUGAAGAGAGAGACAAAGCUUUGGAAGCUCAGAAGGCUGCAGCAGGAAAACUUCACUCCAUGGAUGAUGCAUUCAGGCACCAGCUUGAGGCUAUCCAGGUAUCUCAACAGACCCAACUUUUGCAGUUAGCCAACGAAAAGCAAAUAGAGAUUGAAGCAGCAAAAGAAAAGGUCUGUCAGGUCGAGGAAGAAAUGCGUCAACUCCUCAGAGAGACAGUAAAUAGCAAAAAAAAUAUGGAGGGGAAAAUACGCAAGCUCACUAGUGCUCUUAAUGAUAUCAAACAAGAACUGUAAGGUUGCCACAGCCAUAUUCCCAGUAAUUAGAAAAUCCAUGCUCUUUAUUAAGUCUGAAAAUGUAAAUUAUUUGGUUGAAUAAUUCAUCAGAAAUUAUUAAAUCCUAUCAACUGUAAAAUAUUCAUCCCUUUAAUGCCUGAUUGUUGGACUGAUUACAUGCAAUUGGUACAGGUUAGUGGAAAUCUAAACUUGUUGUAAUGAAAUAGCUAUUUUCAGCCAAUGUAAUUUGAAGAGAGAAAUAUUACUUUCAUAGGUAGACAAAAAUGCUGGAGAAACUCAGCGGGUGAGGCAGCAUCUAGGGAGUGAAGGAAAUAGGCAACGUUUCGGGUCGAGAUCCUUCUUCAGACUGAUGUGAUGGGGGGGGGGGGGUCAGGAAGAAGAAAGGAAGAGGUGGAUACAGUGGGCUGAGGGAGAGCUGAGAAGUGGAGGAGAAAGCAGGGACUACCUGAAAUUAGAAAAGUCAACAUUCAUACCGCUGGGGUGUAAACUGCCCAAGCGAAAUGUGAGAUGCUGCUCCUCCAAUUUACGAUGGUCCUCACUCUCAAUAUCUCUACAUUACUUCAAGAGCAGGAGUCAUCGCCUGUCAAGCCUUCCCAUUUCCUAGUCAUUACACUCAACGUUUUCUGUUGUGUAGGAUAUUGGUUUUAUCAUACUCAGUUGACCAAAAGCAAAAUAUUGUGAAUACUGCAACAGGGGAGUGUCUCCAAAAAGACAAAUACCAUUAACCAUGAGAUAGGUAGCUUUCAGCCUGGAAUGUUCAUUCUGUGUGUCCUCGUAUGCUAUUGGACACAAUUACUUUUCUGGCAUUUCCCUUUUUUAAUAAACAAACAACAUUCAGAACUAUUUAGAUGAAGUGUUGAUGAAUGUGUAUAUGUGGAACUAUUUAAUACUGAGAACGUCAAUGGGAAAUUGAGAAAAAUUGAUAAAUUAACAGGAAAAUAUUAUUAACUUGAUUGCUCCACGAUACCAAUUUUUGUUUUAUGUAUUUUUAAUUUAACCAAUGCUCUUUUGCCAGAUGAGCUUUCUCUUAACCUCCACAGCUUAACUUGGUAACAAAAAAAUUACCAUCUAGUUCAAACUUUUCCAUUCACACAAUUUUUUAUUCAAUUUUGGUGUAAUAAAUUUAAACAUUUGGUGUAAUAGACUAACCAUUCACUUGGCAACUUAAAUAAUGAAUGUUGUCUACAAUAAGAUGUUAAUCUAUAAAGAACUGAAAGACUUCGGGUUACAUUCCUGGCCAAGAUAAAUCUGAUUAAAUUGUUUCCACUACUUGGAAGAAAGUGUACAGAGGAGGGAAAAAAACAAAUGCAAAUGAGUGCAUUAGGCUAUGUUGCUACAUUGUAUUAACAUCACUAUAGGGAAUAAUGUACUAAUGUGGUUUAUUUACAAAAGGUUGACUUAAUGUUUAUAAACAUGUAAAUUUAUCGAAUUACAAAAAUAUUUUGUAUGUUUUUCAAUAAAAUAUUCGAAAAUUGUAA